UGACCAGCGAGAUAUUCUGUGCUCUACUCUUGGGGUUUGGAGGCCUAAAUCUGCUGGCAUGGCUAAACUGGCUGCAUCAGGCAUUAUAUUCAUAACACUGAACCACAACAUCACCCUCACAGGGAAAGCAUGGCUCAUCUUGGUGGUAUUCCUAAGGAUCCUUGUUUUGCUGUUUGCUGGUUAUCCCCUCUACCAGGAUGAGCAGGAGCGAUUUGUGUGUAACACCAUUCAGCCUGGUUGCGCCAAUGUGUGCUAUGACAUGUUUGCCCCUGUUUCCCUUUUCCGAUUCUGGCUGGUGCAGCUCACCACCCUGUGCCUUCCCUACAUGAUGUUUGUCAUCUAUGUGAUCCACAAAGUGAGUAGCAUAGCUGCUGAGAGCGGAACUUCUGAGUCCAUAAAAGCAGACUAUCAAGAAUCGUUCGGGAAAGCAUCUCUUUCCAAGACAGUUGUGAAGGCUGAGAAGGGGCGAGUGCAGUACUUCACAGGGGCCUACAUCUUGCACCUGUUGCUUCGGAUACUUGUAGAAGCUGGAUUUGGAGCUGCCCAUUAUUACUUGUUUGGCUUCCACAUCCCCAGACGCUUCAUGUGUCAACGGACACCCUGCACAACCACAGUGGACUGCUACAUCUCUAGACCCACUGAGAAAACCAUCCUGCUGAACUUCAUGUUGGGGGCAGCUGCUUUGUCCUUGCUGCUAAACAUGUGUGACUUUAUUUGUGCCAUCAAGCGCUCCUUAAGACAAAAAAGCAAAAGAAAGAUGCUGGUGGAGAAGGUGUACGCAGAGGAGCAGUAUUACUUGUCAGGGAAUGGGAAUCAAGGUGUGGAUGUCAGCGUCCCGCCAACUCAAGACAUGAAGGGACAGGGAGGGUUCAGCAAAAGAGGGAGCAGAAACUCGAGUGGCGAUGAAGCUGCUUCUGUGCUUUUGGAGGACGACCCUCCACCACCCUUACCUCUUGGAGGAAUGUCUACAAUUUCUGGAAUGGGUUCCAACAACAAUGAUGACAGCAGCAGCUACCAACCGACCCAAGAAGAGGGGAUGGUAAGAGAGGGCAGUGAAGUGGCACUGUACCCCACUGAGCCUUUGGGAAGUCCUAAAACCAUCCGAGUUAGCAAACACAGUCGUCUCAAACCUCCGCCCCCUCCACGAAGGGACAAACUACCCGCUCAAGGUGCAAUUGAUGUCUCGGGAGCAACCGCGGUGUGUACCAGAAGAGUAGGGCAAUAUACUCUGGUAGAAAUGACAACUGGUGAAGACAUGCCGACUUGCAGUGGAGAUCGCCAAGAGAAGAAGUCAGAGUGGGUUUGACUGUUCCUCCAGAAGACUAUCCAUAUUAAUUAGGCUUCAGGCAUUUUUAGCAUGUAUUCUCAUACAUUGUAAGUUCUGAAGUGGCAUUUCAAACGCGCAUAAGUUGCAAAGAAGAGUUGUUUGGAACUUGACUGGAAUAAAUUGCUUGUAGAAGCAAGGUGAAAUGCAAGGUAUUAUUAGAAGAUGUCAACGUCAUGGUUGCAUGCCAACCAUUGGAUCAACUACGCCUGUCCGCAUCCACCUGCCUCUCUUAUGUUUGUGUUGGAUCUUUCUUUCACCAACCAGACAGCCCUUGACCUGCCUUGACCCUGCUACAAUC